AUUUGAUAUAAUUCCUCAAAAGGCUCACAGCUUUCCUUCCCCCACAGCCACAGCGACACCCACAGCCGGAGGUGGAUCUGUGAGGCUCGUAUUAUAUUUGGGGUUGAUUUCGGAUUCCAAUCCGUUGUGGGAAAUGGGGGCAGAAAGCACCUCCGGCAGCGGUGGCCUUCACAGCACCAAUAAUUGUGUCGAAACCGAAGUGGUUUUGAAUAUCUAUGAUCUUACACCCGUUAACAGUUACACCUAUUGGUUCGGUUUUGGUAUUUUCCACUCGGGUAUUCAAGUCCAUGGUAAGGAGUAUGGUUUUGGAGCCCAUGACUUCCCAGCUAGUGGAGUUUUUGAAGUGGAACCAAAGAGCUGUCCAGGUUUUAUUUACCGAAAUUCUCUCUCCCUGGGUUCCACAAACCUUCCACACUCUGAAUUCCGGACAUUUAUUGAGGGUGUUGCUUCAGAGUAUCAUGGGGAUACCUAUCAUCUUAUCUCCAAGAAUUGCAACCAUUUCACAGAUGACAUUUCGUGGAGGUUGACAGGAAAAAGGAUCCCAGGCUGGGUGAAUCGGCUUGCUCGACUAGGUGCUUUAUGCAGUUGCCUGCUACCUGAAAGCCUUCAAGUAACUACAGUUAAACAAUUGCCAGAAUACCACGAAGUGUCUGAAGAUGAUGGUAGUGAGUCUCCAUCAAGUACCCCCCGUGAGUCAACAGAAAUCGAUGAUGAUCAAGAGAAGCGCCUGCUUUCACCAUUGGAGGGAACUGGGGAUGUGUCUUUUGUUAAAGAGGGUCACAGACUCACAGGUGAAAUGUAAUGCUGUUUAGGAAGUUGGCAUCGAUACUGACAAACUACUCCUGAAAUGCAAUACCCCUUUAGGCCCUUUCCUUUCUUUGUUUAGGGUAAUGGCUACUACAUGGAUGAAAAAGUGCUUGCCCCCAUUUUAGAAAGUAACUCUUCUCUUUGAAUUUGUAUUUGUUACCUGCGUGCAUAAUCGUUUAUUUGUAGUAGUUUUGUUUUUUUCACUUCUACUCGAAAGAAAAAAAAAUCAAGUCAUCCAUGUUUUUUCAGCCCACACCCCCCCUUUUUUUUUGUCAUUCAUUUAUUUAUUUUUACCAAGAAAAUUCUGGACUAGAUUGUAUCAUUGAUUGCUGUUGAGGUUCUUGUAUGUGGAUAUUAUUGGAAGUUGAAAUGAUGCAUUCAUCUUUCUCAUUCUUUGAAAUGAAUUCUGGUUUGGAAAAGAA